GCAAUUAUUUAAAUAAGCCUUGAUCCUUCCACAAUUGGAAAUGGUAAAUACUUCAGGGGAGAUCUUAACUCUACUGGUGAGUGGAAAAGGAACGAUAGUGUAACUAAAUGAUGAAUGUCCGUUCAUGACCAUUCCCCAUCUAAUUGCCACCGGUUUUGAUAAGAACUGUACCACAAUGAUAGUUAACCUGCUGAGAAGCCAAAGACACUCUGAAGGAGUUCUUCCAUAUUGUUUGCGGGAUCGUGAACAACUGAGGAAAAGGAAGCUGGAAAAUCAAGAGAAGAAAACCUCACAAGAGGAGUCAAAAGGAAAAAGAAAAAGAAAGACAAAGGCUAAGGGACCAAGCAACAAGCACACAAAAAAGCCAGUUGCUGAAUCAAGUCCCAGCCCAAAACCAGAGUCUGCAGAAGAACACAAAGUGGAGAUCAAAGACCAAACAGUUCAUCCUGAUCCUGAAAGUGAAAGGCCUGCACCUCCGGAAGAAAGUGCAAAUCCUUUUAUAACUGAGGAAAUACCCAUUCCUGCAACAGAUGUUCCUGGAGAAGCAGAGCCAGUUGAUGUCGAAACACCAGUGACCCAACAAUUUCAAAUUGAACACGAGCCUGAAGAAAAUGCAUCAUUAGAAGAAACAAUAGUUCUGACCUUGUAAAAAAAUGCAUUGGAAUGCCAUAGAAUUAAUUUAGAUUUUCUCUGCCAGUUGUUAUUACACAGGAAAUUUUUUCCAAAUUGAACUUCAUCUGCCAUUUUCAGCCCUUUUACCCAUUUGAUCAAGAUCUCUUUGUAACCUUAGAAAACAUUCUUCACUGUGUGCUAUGCCACCAAUUUUGGUGUCAUCUGCAAACUUACUAACCAUGCGUUCUAUAUUUUCAUUCAAAUCAUUUAAUUAAAUGACAAACAAAAGAGGAUACAGACCAAUCCCAGUGGAACACCACUAGUCACAGGCCUCCAGUCCAAAAAGCAACCCUCCACCACCACUCUCUAUCUCCUGCAGUUAAGCCAAUUAUGCAUCCAACUGGGAAGCUCAUCCUGAAUCCAAUGUCCUAACUUUAGUCCAAGUAAACAAUGUCUACUGCUCUGCCCUCAUCAAUCUUUUUGGUAACUUCCUCAAAAACUCAAUCAAGUUUAUGAAGUAUGAUUGCUUUCACACAAAACCAAUUUGACUAUCCCUAAUCAAAUUUUGCUUCUCUAAAUGCCCAUAAAUCCUGUCUUUUAUAAUCACCUCUAACAAUUUACCCGCAACUAAAGUCAUACUCACAGGUCUAUUGUUCUUCAAUUUCUCCUUACAAUCUUUCUUAAGCAAAGGUACAACAUUAGCCACUCUCCAGUCAUCAGGUACCUCACCCAUGGUUAUAGACUAUGCAAAUAUUCCUACAAAGGGUCUUGCAAUUUCCUCCCUGACCUUCCAUAAUGUUCUGGGAUACUUUAGAUCAGGUUCUGGAAAUUUAUCCACCUUUGUAUUCUCUGUGACCUCCUCAACUUUCUCUUCUAUAAUGUGAACUGUCUUUAAAACAUCAAAAUUUAUUUCUGUGUUCUUUAGUCUCCAUUUCUUUCUCCACAGUAAAAACUAACACAAAAUAUUCAUUUAGUAUCUCUCAUCUCCACAGAACACAAAGCCAACCUCCUUGAUCUUUAAGGGGCACUAUCCUCACUCUAGUUACCCUCCUGCUCUUAAAGUAUUUGUAGAAUCUCUUUGGAUUAUCCUUACCCUUAUCUGCCACAUUACCUCUUUGCCUUUCUGAGUUCUUUCUUAAAAAUGCCCCUACACUCUUUAUAUUGAUUAAGACAUUGAAUUAAACCAUGUUGUCUACAUUUAAAAUAAGACCCUCUUUUAUUCUUGACCCAAACUUCAAUAUCUUUAUUCACCCAUUGUUCCUUAAUCUUACCAGCCUUACUCUUCACUCUAAUGCCUCUGAACACUUGUCAUCACACUCUUGAAAGCCUUUCACUUGUUAGACAUCCUGUUAUCUUGGCGAAUUGUGGGACUGGAAGAGAUUACAGAGAUAGGGAUGGGCAAGAAGAUGCAGUUCAGAAUUUGAGAAUGGAAGGACUGCUUCGCACAAAACCAACGUAGGUCAGUGAGCAGAGAUGAUAGGCAAACAGGAUGUUGGAUGAAUUUAAGAGAGUUUGUUAAAACAUCUGAGGUACCCCUCCAAGUACAAAACUAGAAAGGUAACAGAAUUCUUAAGAGUUAUUGCUUGUCAGAAGAUAUAUAACUGAAGUGUAAUAAUUUAGUUAGAAACUGGAUGUCCUUCCACAGUAGGAAGCACCAGGAUUGUUAAUAUGUGCUUAAUCAGACAGCUGAGAAAGUCUCUAUUAAUCUUCUAGAAUUUAUAAGGCAUUCCAGAUCAAAGAAACUCAGUUUCAGCAAAUAAUUUGCAGUCUUGAUGUGAUUUUAAGAUAAUGUACUCAUUUUUGUACUAUCUGCAAUGAAAAUAAAAUAACUUCGAAAAGA